AUGAGACAAGUUGAAUUAGAUCUUUCGAAAUGGUCAGUUUUAUGGGUUGAUAAUAAUAUAUUUGAUGAAAAUUGGGAAAAUAAACAACAUAUGGAAACAGCAGCAGCUAAAGCACUUAAUCUUAAUGUUCAUUUUAUUCCAAAAUCAACAACAAAUAGUGCUUUGUCAUUUCUUCGAUCAUCUUUUGGACAGCGCUUAAAAAAUCAAGAUACAUUUCGAAUUGUAACAGAUAUGACACGUUAUAUAAUGAAAAGGUCUUGCCUCUGUAUUGAUGAUCGUAGUGACUCUGGACCUAAAUGGGACUCGUUUAAAUCGACAUGGGGUCCAAAUCCUCUAAGACAAUUUCUCGGACAACGCUUCAUAAAAGACAAUGAUAUUGCUUUGGUGUUGAUAUAUGAUAUAAAAGGUAGCAUUGCUGGUGUACAAUUAGCACUUCCUGUCUCCAUGGCCAAAACAAAAUAUUAUAAAUUUGAUACACAGAAAAUGUAUAAUCGAGCUACAGUUGCAGGCAUCGAUUCUUAUGUUUUGACAGCAUAUUUUGUCGAUCCACAAACCAUUUGUACAUCAGGUCGAGAUGAAGCCCGUCUUAAACUCGAGGGUUCAGGUACUGGUCUUUGGCUACAAAAUGGACCUGAUCCUAUUCGCGACUCAGUUCAAUCACCAUUGUAUGAAAAUACAGUCAAUACAACGAAAUGGGUAUUGGGCUCAUGUUUUCCAUCGAUGGGUGUUCAUUAUUGGUAUGACAAUCGACUCGACAAUAAAUGUGACGAAAUCUUUCCUGUCUUUCUCUUGUAUAACAAAGGCAAAUUGACAGGAUUCGGAUGGGGUCUUGCCGGCAAAUAUGAUUAUUCAAAACGAACAGAAUCUGUACCGUAUGGAGCAGUUUCGAAGUUUAUGAGAAUCGUACCAACCUGCUUGGAAAAAUUUUUCGAAGAUAUUGGUGGAUUCACAGCUAUGCAUCUUUACUUCAAUACAGCUCCAUGGAAUCUGCUCUGUUAA